UGUUUUCCAUGUUCGGGUUGAAUGCGGGACUUUUUAAAAGUGCGCUUCAAACAGUAAAUGCAACGGUUCGCAUUCGUAUGAUUUUUCCACUGCUCACAAGAAAUUAGAGGAAACUGCCGCACAAAUACCUGGUGGAUAGUAAAAUUGUGUUAGAAAAGAGUUUGUCAACUUUUUUCUAUCAGCCAAAAAGUCCAAUUCGAGUAUAAAAUAAUUAAAAGAAGAUUGUGGAACGAGCAGCAGCAGAAGAGUGCAAGAUUAGCGUGAAGCGCUUCGAUUUUAGCAUUUGGAAAUUAGAUAUCGGCAAGAGAUUUAAGUAAAAUGGUUGGCGCAACGAAAAUUCGCAAUGACGAGAAUGAGGCCAAUAAUUACACAAAGGUAAAAAAUUUUGGUCUCACUAAUACCACGGAAGUUACAAAGCGUGCGGCUUUGGGAGAUCUGCAAAAUCGGGCAGUUCUACGGCACGCAGCCGCCAAGGAUGCCGCCCAAAAAGAUGUUGAUGCUAAAUUGAAAAAUGUAAUCCAAAACACAAAGUCACGUGUUGACACACAUUGGAAAAAAGCGCCAGGUGCUGUUGCAGCAUCUAUCAAGCCCAAUGCAACUGCAGCUGCCGAACAGCCUAAAAAAAAUGUUACGAGGUCGAAUUCUUUGCGCGGACCCAAUGGUGUCGUGCCAUCGGCACUUCAACGCAAUGUCGUGUCCGGCCUGAACAAACCCAAGACGCUUACUGUAAAAGUAGUUGAAAAUAAAUUACAACAGGCAAAACUCAGUAAAACCAAGGUUACAGAGGAGGCAAAGACUAAAAAGUCAGUUACCGUAGGAGAACAUCUAGCAUUGCGGCGGGAAGAUAGCAACUUGUCACGGAAAUCCUUAACAAAAUUGAAAGCAGCAUUGUCACGAGAUAGCGGCUCCAAGGUCAUAGCGGCAAAGGCAACAGCGCAGAGUAUAAAAGGCAAGCAGGAACCAUUAGCAGCAAAAGAACCAAGAGAUUCUGGCUCUGAAAUCAGCAAGCAGUCUUCAUUAAAAAUCAAAAGCGUGCAAACACUCUCACCCGAGGGUAUAGAAGGCGUUGAAGACAUUGACUCUGGCGAUUCUGAUCAACUUUUACUCGUGUCUGAAUAUGUAAAUGAUAUAUAUAAUUACCUAUUUCAAUUGGAGGAGGAACAAUAUAUUCGCAAAAAUCAUUUGGAUUGUCAAGAUGAAGUUCAUCCUAAAAUGCGCGCUGUGCUAAUUGAUUGGAUCAAUGAAGUGCAUUGUCAAUUUCAUUUGGACCCAGAAACAUUCCAAAUGGCCGUAGCCAUUAUAGAUCGAUACUUACAAGAAGUAAAGGAUACGAAACGUAUACAUUUGCAAUUAGUUGGCGUCACUGCGCUAUUCAUUGCAGCUAAGUACGAAGAGCUAAUACCACCAUCAAUUUCCGAAUUUGUUUUCAUUACUGAUGACACCUAUAACUCGAAACAAAUUGUGCAAAUGGAAUUGAAAAUCUUCAAAACUCUCGAUUGCAAUUUGGCCCGUCCUUUGCCAAUACACUUUUUGCGUCGCUUCUCAAAGGCGGCUAAAGUAGAAGAUAUACAUCAUGCGAUGGCCAAAUAUUUCAUCGAAUUGACAUCAAUCGAAUACGAUUUAGCAGCAUACAAACCGUCUGAGAUCGCCGCUUCGUCGCUCUUCUUGGCUUUACAUUUGCUCAAAGACAAUGCUAAAUUACCAACUGGCUUUAACAACAAGCACUGGACGCCCACAAUGCAGUGGUAUUCUCACUACUCGGCUGAACAUUUGCGACCCAUAGCCAAGAAGAUUGCUGCGGUGGUGCGUAAUGCACCCGCUGCCAAACUGAAGUCUGUCUAUACCAAGUAUCAAAAAUCGAAAUUUUAUAAGAUUUCGUUGCGCUCAGAGUUAUAUGAUAAACUAAUUGAUUCCAUAAUUAAUCACGCUGAAUGAGGAAGAUUUAAUGAGUGCAGUUACAGCGACUGGAGCUGCAAUGCGUUAAAAUUCUGUUUAUGUAGUUUAGUUUAAUUGUUUUUCUUUUAUUUUAUAAACUUUUCAUGAUUUUAUAACAUAUUUCAUUAUAAUAUAUUUUUUUACUUUUAAGUAUUAUGCGACAAUUUAAAAUAAGACAACACACAUACUAACUCACCGUCGGACAGAAAUCAACAUAAGUUUUUCCUUCCAUAUAAUGUGCGGCAUUAAAGGAAGGUUGAAAUCCGGAACAGAAGAAUGAUGUCGAAAGCAGCAACACGCAAGUGCAAGACUUCUACCAUGUAUGUAUGUAUUAACACUGGGGCAUUCCUUUAGUACUAAAUAUAGGCUGACUUCCAACACGUCACUUGCUUUGCAUACGUACAAAGUAUAAUGUUCCAUAGCGCCGAACUACAAAGUGUUGACAAUGUAUACUUUUUCAAAAAGCAUCCGAAAAGUAAUCGAAACGUAUUGCUAGACCACUCAGCGCAUCAGAAACAAAGUUGAUGCUUCGUUGGUUAUUAGUUACCAUUGGUGUUUUAAAAUUGGAAAAUACAGAGAAAUUGUUCUUCACUAUAUUUAAUAUUUAAAAUUUUAAUAUGCAAUGUAUAUGGUGGCAAUGUGUCGCAACUCUGCAUAUACAAACAGUAUAACAGUUUCCAAACAUUGUAUUGAUACGUUUUGGAAGUCGGCCAUCCUUUUAAGAUGUGUGUGUGUAAUAGCAAAUGCGAUAUUUGUUAAAUGUUUCCAAUAUGUAACUUUUCCUAUAUGUGAGGAAAAUACCGACAAUGCAACGUAUAUUACUAACUGAUUGUACUCCAUAAAAACAUUUUGUAAAGUGGCGGUUGGAAAGAAUAUUUAGAAUAAUUCUUCGGCAAGCAAUUUAAUUAUCUUAGUAGCAUAUUGUGUGUCAAAGUUAAAUGUUUAACCUAUCCAACGCAAUCAGCAUAUCAGCGCCCUUUAGUAAUUUAGUUAAAACUAUGCUCAAAUUUAGCUGAUUUAUACAACUUCUAUGUAUGAUUAAAAACAAUUGUACGUAAAUUUAAGUUUGAGUUUAUUAUUAAAAAUUGUACACCCUACCAACAAUUUUAUAAUGAUAGACGGGAUUGUGAGGGCUGUGGCAACUAAAAUUCCGCAAAAAUUAUAGCAAUAAAUGUAUUUAGUGAUGUUUGCCAAA